UUCACUUACCAACGCCAACUUGCAUCGGCUCGCCGUAAUAAUGGCCCAGCCGCCGCAACCUCAGUCGGACAGUAUGCAGCAGCAGAUGGACCAGGUGGACUUGCAGCAGCGGAUGGACCGGCUCGAAGAGCAGUUCGCGGCCCAGGUCGAGCAGUUCGCCGGGCAGUUCGCGGCCCAAAUCGAGCAGUUCGCCGGGCAGCUCGCGGCCCAGGCCACAGCCAACGCCGCGGCCCUCAAGGCCCUCGAUGCUAAAAUCGAGGAGAUGAACGUGGAGCCAAACCUCGUCACGGACCUGGUGUGGCUGGGGCGCGCCCUCUUCAAUCGCAUUUCGCGCAGCUUGGCGUCAGAGCCUUCUGCUCAUCAGAAGCAGGCUUAGCAAGGAUUACCCCGCACCUUACAGAGUACGCUGCCUAUGCGGCCUUCGUUGGCCCCGUGCUUUCGGGGGUGUGGACCCUCUUCGUUGCGUUUCGGAGGCCCGGACCGACUGUUUCACCCGCAACCAUGCCGGCCGUCCUGGCCGAUUAUGCCCAUGGCCUGGCCGCUACUGCGCAGCCUCCUGGUAGCCCGCGCCCCAGGAGGCUGCGCCCCAGGAGGCUGCGUCCCAGGAGGCUGCGCAGUAGGGGCCAGGCCAUGGGCCAAACGGCCAGGAUGACCGUCAUGAUUGCGGGCCGGGCCGCUGAAACAGUGGGUCCGGGCCUCCGAAAUGUAACGACGAGGGUCCAAACCGCCGAAACGGGGUGUUGACGCCUGGCUGCUUGUCGGCCUUCAGAACACAUGGAAGGAGGGUUACGGUUGUCUUGGCUGAUGCGCUGGGAGAGGCCGUGCGGCCGUAGGACUGCUACCCAGUUGCCAGUAUACCACCUGGCUACCCGUGACCAGAUAGCGCCUGCGGGGGCAUCAGUGCUUGUGCCGUGUGUAUGCGAUGGAAAUGUUGUUAAGGAUGCUAGGCUUGACAUCCUGGAUUUGAUGGAGGGGCCUUUGUCCUGAUUGUUAUGUGGCCUCAGGAGCUUUCAUUUUUGUCCUGCAUUUGUUAUUAUGGUGUCACGAGUACAUGACCCCUGUGCCCACGCGGAAAUCUUAACAUCAGUGGCCGGACCUGUGUGUAUCUAUCUGCAUUUGUAAGUUCGUUACAGCGGAUAGCAGAGCGCGAAGGGCAGGCAAGCUCAGAUUUGGUGAUUGUGUAAUCUAAGUACGGUAAUGUAGGACUGUAUCGGUAUCUGACACACCCAGUUGUCAAUACCCAUGACCAGAUAGCGCUUGCGGGGACAUCAUCCCUUGUGCUGUGUGUAUGAUGUGUGCGUUUCAUGGAAAUGUGCUAGGGAUAGACAUCCUGGAUUUUGGAGGAGAGGCCGGUGUGUGUUUGUGUGUGGCUGCAUUGGAAGGUUCACCACAGCAGGUAGCAGAGUGCGAACGGCUGGCAAGCUUAGAUUCGGCUUGGUAAGCGAAGUAGUGUGAGGUAGUGUGAGCACGGCACUCACCGCUAAGGCAGGCUGAGGCUUGCUAACGGUGUGUGCAAAAGGAGGCGCUGAGCUGUGUACAGCAGGAGACGCCUGCCCGAUGCAUGAGAGUGAAUGGAGUGUGUCACCAGCGGUCCAUCACUCAUGACGUUAAGAUUACCGAACACAGCAGGGAGGCCAGCAAGGCCUCAUGCUGCUGUGCUGCACGCCAAGGGACACCUGCUGCAAGCCGAGUAUUUGCGAGCAAAUGCAGUUGAUGGCAUUCUCUGUAUGUGUGUCUUGGUGCCAAACCGAGGGGGUGGGACCGAGUCUCGCAAGGCCACCCUUGGAUAGAGCGAAGAGCAGAUGGAAGUAUGAAGCUGAACAGACCACGAAGUCUCAUAAUGGAAGAGGAGGUGGAGUGAUGGCACCUAGUAACAUGUUCGAUAUGGCGGGAGGAGCGUCCUAUGGGAGCAAGCCUACUAGAGCUAGAGUAGGCCGGCGGCGUUGCAGGCGGCACGCCCCUGGGGUUCAGGGCAGGGUGAUCGUUCUCCACGUCACUGGCUCGUGAACUGCGUCAGCAGGUCCCUCUUGUAACCAAUGCAAUCU